AUGGCCGACUACGACCGCCGCGGCGGACACAACAACUACCAGAACAACCGCAAGCGGAGAUACAGAGAUGACGACGACAACGAGUUCCGCAACCAGCGCCGCCGCUCAGAGCCUCCCGCGCCUGUCCGCAUCCGCCGCCGCCUGCUGGCUCUCGCCGAAUCGCCCCUGAGCCGAUGGGACGACGAGGUGGUAGACAUCGCCCGCCUCGUCACGAGCACCGACGACAACGGUCCCACGCGCGAGAGCUUCGUCCGCCUUGCCUGCCAGAUGGUGCGCGAGCAGCCGCUCAAGACGCCCUUUGUCGCCGCCCUCCUCCUCAUCGUCAACGCCCUCAAGCCGGACAUUGUCCUCGACGUCCUGCGCGCCGUCGCUGCUGCGACCGAAAGCGCCAUUGCCGAAGGCCGCUGGCGCGAGGUGAAGCUGCAGCUGCGCCUCAUCGCCUGCUUGCAGCCGUGUCUGGAGGGCGACGGCGUGUUCCCGCUGCUCGACACCUUGUUUGCGCGCGCGGUCGACCUGCAGACGGCCAGCUCCGACGACGUGAUUGGCACAGAGCUGGUUAAGAUCAUCUUGCUGACCAUUCCCUACGUCAUGACGGCCGUGUCGGCCUCGUCUGCAUCCUCGGACCCGGAGAACACUGACAGCGACAGCAUCGAGCAGUGGCGCCAGCGCGCGGCUGGCCUGAUGGAGAAGACGGACAUUAUCGCCUCGGAGCCCCAUGCGCUGCAGGGUCUGAUGGACCCGUACCACCACGGCAUCGACACGGGCCGCAAGGCCAAGAAGGCCAAGGGCGCCGGCGAUGCCAUGGAGGAAGAAGAGGAGGACGACAACAAUAACGACGACAACGACGACGACGAGACAGAGGCCGACGGCGACAACGGUCCACCGCCCGCCGAGAGCGUUAUCGCCCUGCUCCAGAAGCAGCUGCAGGCCGAGGCGGCCAGCGGCUGGCCGCUCACGUGCCUGCCGCGCAUGCACAAGCUACCACUCGAGGAGGCUGGUCUGCAGGAGAAGGCGCAAGAGCCAGCCACGAGGCACCCGCUGCCGGCGAUCGCUGUCCCCGAGACGGUUAUUGCAGGCCCCCGCGCCCUGUUCCCCGAGGUGUACUUCUCCGUGUACGGCGCAUGGGUGGACGAGGACGAGGGCUCGGCCACGAGCGCCCUCUCGCCGCAGGCUGCGGCGUUCCUGCCGCACUCGGUGCCGCCUCUGACGGACGCGGCGUCGUCGUUGAUCCGCGACAUCCUGCUUGACACAAUCAACGGGCUCGACUUCAACCGCAACGCCACCGCACGGUUCCUCAUCGACAUUGACUGCUACUUUGCCGACGGCACGUUUGUCAAGCGCGCAACGCCCUACGAUCGUCUGCGCGAGAUUGAGCCGGGCAAGUCGACGUGGAAGCCCGAGGACGUGGCCGUCGACACGGUGUUCGCACAGCUCUUCCAGCUGCCCCAGCCCGAGCACAAGCUCGUGUACUACCAUGCUGUGCUGGCCGAGGCGUGCAAGAUUGCGCCCGCCGCCAUUGCGCCCAGCCUGGGCCGCGCGAUCCGCUUUCUGUACCGCAACAGCCCGCGCAUGGACCUGGAGCUGGUCGGCCGCUUCGUCGACUGGUUCGCGCACCACCUGAGCAACUUUGGCUUCACCUGGAAGUGGGCCGAGUGGGUCGACGACGUCGACCUGCCGGACCUGCACCCGCACAAGGCCUUUAUCCUGGCCGCCAUCGACAAGGAGAUUCGCCUCAGCUUUGCCCAGCGCAUCAAGAACACGCUGCCGGAGCCGUACCAGGCGCUGAUCGACCCGAACACGGAGCAGGACGUGCCGCCGUUCAAGUACGCGGAGCCCAAGGAGGGUGCGGCGGCGACGGCCGCCGACGACGUUCCGUUUGCGGCCGAGGGGCGGGAGCUGGCCGUGCUGCUCAAGCGCAAGGCCGCCGACGAGGACGUCCAGGCCGUUAUCGAGCGCAUCCACAGCCAGGCGCUCGACGCCGGGCUCGAUCCCCUGGUCACGUCGACGGACGUGUUCACGACGGCCGUGCUGUGGGUCGGCUCCAAGUCGCUGUCGCACGUGCUGGCUGCCAUCGAGCGCACCAAGGACCGGCUGCUGGACGCGGGCGCGGCCUCGGAGGCGGCGCGCACCCAGAUUCUCGUGGCCGUCAUGGCCUUUUGGGGCGCCCACUCGGGCGUGGCCGUGUCGAUUACGGAGAAGCUGCUCAACUAUGCGAUCCUGACGCCCGACACGAUUGUGCAGUGGGCCCUGUCCAAGAACGACCAAAAGGGCGCGAGUGCCAGCCUGGCCGUCAACUACGUCGCCGAGCUCGUGUUCAACACCGUCGACAAGGUCACACGCCGCGUGCACCAGCUGGUGGGCGCCUCGCAGACGGCGGCCACGGCCGUCGCGGCCGCCACCCAGGCCGUCGAGGCAGCCAGGGAGCGCCAGCGCAACCCGCCGCCGCCGCCGCCGCCGCCAUCGGCCGCUGUGGCCGCCCCCAAAGACGGCGACCUCGAUGUGGCCAUGGACGAGGACGCGGGCGCGGCGUCGUCGACGCAUGCGGCUGCGUCGGCCAUGGCCGAGGCUGUGGCGGCCGCCGCCGCCGACGCCGACGCGGCUGUUGAGGCGGCGGAGGCGGCGCGCGUCCAGGCGACCGCUGACCUCGAGGCUGCGCGCGCCGCCGAAGCCGCCGAGACCAAGGCGAUGCGCGACCUGUUCCGGCUGCUGGGCGAGGCGCUGCAGCCGUGGCUCGCCGGCGACGACAGCGGCCUGGCCAAGGCGUGGGCGGUGCGGUGGCAGCGCGUCGUGCAGCGGCGCGCGGCCGUGGAAGAGGCGUUCUUGCGCGGCGAGGCGCAGCGCAUCGCCGCGGACGAGGCGGCGGCGGCGGCAGCGGCGAGCAAAAACGGGGCCGACGGCGAGAGUGCAUGA